AUGAGUAAAGGAUCGUUCAAAUAUCCUUGGGUUCUCAUCAUGCUGAAGGCACAUCGUGAGCAUGGUAUCACAAUCAUCAUUUAUGCUCGAGAACAUCGCGAUUUCAUUAAGAACAUGAUCACUGGUACGUCUCAGGCUCACUGCAGUCCUCACGUCGUCGCUUUUGACACUGAACAGUUCGAGACCGAUAUUUUAAAGAACGGACAGACUCGCUAA